ACUAGUCUUAUUAGCACGUUUUUCGUACGGCUGGCCACAUCGUGCGGCUGCUUGUAAAAAAACGGAGUAACCCCUGUUACAUUGACAAAGUAACCCCCAUUAUAAUAAUAGAGUAACCCAUUAUUAUACUUAUUAAGUAAUUAAUCUUAAAUAACAAAGUAAUCCCUACAACACUAAUGGAAUAAUGGUAAGAUAUAUAUAUGUAAUAUUAUGAUUAGUCAAAGUGUAUAAUUAGUUACCUUAAUUGUAGCCUAGAUUAGGGGAUUUGAUAACUCUGUAUAUUGUAUAUAUUGGAAGCUAAGCAAUGAGAAUACUCACGGAAUAUACUUCCUUCAAAAAAAAAAAAAAAAAAAAUAUAUGUCUGCUCUUAAGCGGAUAGUUCGGUAUAUACAGGGCACUCUUGCGUGUGGUUUGCAUCUUUAUCCAUCAUCUAUUUCUACGCUUAUAUCAUAUACUGAUGCUAAUUGGGGUGGGUGUCCCGAUACGAGACGCUCUACUUGCGGAUAUUGUGUAUUUUUGGGUGAUAACUUGAUCUCUUGGUCAUCAAAAUGCCAAACAACUCUUUCUAAGUUUAGUGCUGAGGCAGAGUACAGGGGUGUUGCCAAUGUAGUAUCCGAAUUGUGUUGGAUUCGUAAUCUAUUAUUAGAGUUACAUUGUCCGAUUGAUAAGGCGACCUUGGUAUAUUGCGACAAUGUGAGUGCCAUUUAUCUUUCUGAUAAUCCGAUACAACAUCAACGUACAAAGCAUAUAGAGAUGGAUAUACUUUUUGUUCGAGAAAAGGUGGCCCGGGGUCAUGUUCGUGUCCUCCAUGUUCCAUUUAGGCACCAAAUUGCGGAUAUUUUUAUGAAGGGCUUACCACGUGUGCUCUUCGAGGAUUUUUGA